ACAGAGGAAGAGCACGCGCAAAACAAGACGAGAGAAGGCACGAGCCAUGUUCCCAGGAUUCAGGUGUCCGUGGAUCCCCUCCAGGUGUCAUUCCCACGGGUUAUGGCUCGGAUAAACGUGGAGUCGCUCAUACACCUCAGAUAAUAUGCCAGCGCAGUUGGCGCGGCUCCCGCUCUGUGGCGCAACAUGGCACGCGUAAAGAUGGGUCCGUUCGCUCUCCUGUGUCUCCCCGCGUGUCUCCUCCGUGUCCUCGUGCUCUCGCCCAGCAGCGGCCUCGGCAGCAUCCACGAGCGGUCGGCGGUCCCCCGCGCCGCGUCACGCUCCGUGGCCCGCAUGGACGGAGACGUGAUCAUCGGCGCGCUCUUCUCCGUCCACCACCAGCCCUCCGCGGAGAAGGUGGCCGAGCGGAAGUGCGGGGACGUCCGCGAGCAGUACGGCAUCCAGCGGGUGGAGGCCAUGUUCCACACGCUGGACCGGAUCAACGCAGACCCCAACCUGCUCCCCAACAUCAGCCUCGGCUGCGAGAUCCGGGACUCCUGCUGGCACUCCUCCGUCGCCCUGGAGCAGAGCAUCGAGUUCAUCCGGGACUCCCUCAUCUCGAUCCGGGACGACAAGGACGGGUCCAAGUGGUGCAUCGACGGCACCCCGUCCAACCAGCCGCCGCCUUCCAAGAAACCCAUCGCCGGAGUGAUCGGUCCCGGAUCCAGCUCCGUGGCCAUCCAGGUGCAAAACCUGCUGCAGCUCUUCAACAUCCCGCAGAUCGCCUACUCUGCCACGAGCAUCGACCUGAGCGACAAGACCCUGUUCAAGUACUUCCUGAGGGUCGUCCCGUCAGACACCCUGCAGGCCCGGGCCAUGCUGGACAUUGUCAAGAGGUACAACUGGACCUACGUGUCUGCAGUCCACACUGAGGGGAACUACGGCGAGAGUGGCAUGGAGGCCUUCAAGGAGCUGGCCUCUCAGGAGGGCCUGUGCAUCGCCCACUCGGACAAAAUCUACAGCAACGCUGGCGAGAAACACUUUGACCGGCUCCUGAGGAAAUUACGAGAGCGUCUCCCCAAAGCUCGUGUGGUGGUGUGUUUUUGCGAGGGCAUGACCGUCCGCGGCCUCCUGAUGGCCAUGAGGCGUCUCGGGGUGUACGGGGAAUUCCUCCUUGUUGGCAGCGACGGCUGGGCUGACCGGUACGAGGUUGUUGAAGGCUAUGAACAGGAAGCCGAGGGAGGAAUCACCAUGAAGCUGCAGUCAGAGGUGGUCAAGUCCUUUGACGACUACUACCUGAGGCUGCGUCUGGACUCCAACAGGAGGAACCCCUGGUUCACAGAGUUCUGGCAGUACCGAUUUCAAUGUCGCCUCUCGGGCCAUCCACAAGAAAACAAGAACUACAAAAAAAUCUGUUCUGGAAAUGAAAAUCUCCACGAGAACUACGUUCAGGAUAGUAAGAUGGGCUUCGUCAUCAACGCCAUCUACGCCAUGGCUCACGGCCUACACGACAUGCACAAGGAAGUUUGUCCAGGCCAGACGGGACUCUGCGAGGCCAUGGAUCCCAUCGACGGAAGCAAGCUGCUGGAUUAUCUGCUUAAGACGUCCUUCAGAGGAGUCUCCGGGGAAGACAUUUAUUUCGACGAAAACGGAGACACCCCAGGCAGGUAUGACAUCAUGAAUCUACAGAACGUGGGGGAGGAUCGCUAUGACUACUUAAAUGUGGGGUCCUGGCACGAGGGAAUCUUGAACAUGGAUGACAAUAAAUUAUGGAUGAACAGCAGUGACAUGGUUCGCUCAGUCUGCAGUGACCCCUGCUCCAAAGGUCAAAUAAAGGUGAUAAGGAAAGGUGAAGUGAGCUGCUGCUGGAUUUGCACGACGUGCAAGGACAACGAGUAUGUCCAGGAUGAGUUUACCUGUAAGGCAUGCGAGCUGGGAUGGUGGCCUGAUGAAGACCUGGCAGGCUGUCAACCACUGCCUUUGAAGUAUCUUGACUGGGCAGAUGUAGAGUCCAUAGUUGCAGUUGUUUUCUCCUGCGUGGGCAUCCUGAUCACCUCCUUUGUCACUUUUGUGUUCAUCCAGUACCGUGAUACACCUGUGGUUAAGUCCUCCAGCAGAGAACUAUGUUAUAUCAUUCUGGCAGGUAUAUUCCUGGGCUACAUCUGUCCAUUCACCCUGAUCGCGCGUCCCACAGUGGCCUCCUGCUAUCUACAGCGUCUCCUGGUCGGCCUUUCAUCGGCCAUGUGCUACUCUGCUCUGGUGACGAAAACAAACCGAAUUGCCCGCAUUCUGGCAGGGAGCAAGAAAAAGAUCUGCACCAGGAAACCACGUUUUAUGAGCGCCUGGGCCCAGGUUAUUAUUGCCUUUAUGCUAAUCAGCGUGCAGCUAACUCUGGAAAUAACACUCAUUAUUCUGGAGCCUCCCAAGCCCAUCAAGUCCUACCCAAGCAUACGUGAGGUCUUCCUCAUCUGCAAUACCAGCAACUUAGGCAUGGUGGCACCACUGGGAUACAAUGGCCUGCUAAUCAUGAGCUGCACUUACUAUGCCUUUAAGACAAGAAACGUCCCUGCCAAUUUUAACGAGGCGAAAUAUAUUGCCUUUACAAUGUACACUACUUGUAUUAUCUGGUUGGCCUUUGUGCCUAUCUAUUUUGGCUCCAACUACAAGAUCAUCACCACAUCCUUCUCUGUCAGUCUAAGUGUCACAGUGGCACUGGGCUGCAUGUUCACUCCCAAGAUGUACAUUAUCAUUGCCAAACCAGAGAGGAACGUCCGAAGCGCCUUUACCACAUCUGAUGUGGUGCGAAUGCAUGUUGGUGAUGGGAAGUCUGCGGCUCAGUGUGGCAGCAAUAGCUUCUUCAAUAUAUUCCGCCGGAAAAAGGCUGUGUCUGGAAAUGCCAAUUCUAAUGGCAAGUCUGUGUCAUGGUCUGAAUCAGGUGCAAGACACCCUCCGAAAGGGGGGAAUGUGUGGCACAGACUGUCUGUGCAUGUGAGGAAACAGGAAGCCGGCUUGAAUCAGACAGCGGUCAUCAGGCCCCUAACUAACACCCCCGACCCCCACAGUUCCGAGCCCUCCACCGAAAACCUUGGCACAGAGGCCCAUCUCCCCCAGGAGCCACCCGGCAGUAAGCCUUUGUGCAAUAUGGCGGAGGAAGAUGAUGAGGGUGAUUUACAAUGCCCCCUCUGGACUCCCUCACAACAGACUCAAGGAGUUGAUUCUGAUUUGGACGAGCCGGCCUUUUUUUUGCCCUCUAACUUGAAAUGCCCCAACCCAGAGCCCACGCAGAGGGCAGUGGUGAACACUCACAGCUCCCAUGUCCCUAGACCGAAUGACCACAUAGCCAGGAAGCCACUUCCUGCCAGCAAGCCUUUGAGCUUAAUACCCUCUCAACUUCCUUCAGCCUCACAAGUGGGAGCUUUUGAAGAGGAGUCUGGGGAUGAGGAACUGGACCUCUUGCACAGCUACAUCUAUGAUGCCAACGAAGAGAGGGAGGGGGAAAGCGGAGAAGACGAGGAGCUAGUUCAACACAAGUCAACUUUGCAGGAUUCAUUACCUCUGUCUCCCCCCUCCCCCUUCAGAGACUCUGUGUGUUCGGGGGACUCUAGCGGCUCCCCAAUCAUUGAGUCGAUGCUCGGUAGCUCAGUCUACGCCUCAAAUCUCCUGCAGAACUUCGCACACAGCUCCUCAACACUGUGAGAGCAAAACGGACCCCGAUACAUCGGAAACACAAAUGAACAUGUCAAACUGUUUAAGUAAAUAAUGUGCUUGUAUUUAUUCCUUUUAUUAGUAGAUGGUUUAUUAAAGUAGACAUUCACCAGGAGUUUAUU